GCCAUUGAGUGAUUUAAGGCUUUGAUGAAGUUGAAGUGAUUGUUUAUCUCGGUUAUCAAUGGUCAGUCUACACUCGUCAAACUUAUAAUACAUCGCAUGUUCGCAGUCUGCGUGGCAUCUCAAAACGAAUAUCAACCCGCAGACCGCGAACAGACUGGUCUUUGAGUGAUAUAAGGCUUUUGAUGAAGUUAAAGUGUUGUUGUGCCGCUUCUCUAUCUUGUCUUCGGAUCUGCGAGGCACUCGUCUCAUUUCCACAUCAACCCGCAGAUCCGAACAGAUUGACCAUGGAGUGUGUUUUGAUGCUUGAUGAAGUCAUAGUGGUUCAAACAACUCAUAUUUCUCACUCUGUUUGGGUCUGCGUGGCAUCUCAACUUGCAUACCAACCCGCAGACCCGCCCGUUGAAAGUGGUUCGAUGCUUAAUGAAGUUACAGUGGCUGAUUAUAUCUCUCAAUUCUCUUAUCUUGUCACCGGAUCUGCGAGGCAACUCAUAUCUAUCUCAACCCGCAGAUCCAUUUCCGACUGAUCAUGUUUCUCUCCCAUGGUCAGCUCUUUUGUCUCUCUUAUUUCUUUUCCUCUCAAUACUACGGAGUUAAAGGAAUCAUUUCGAGCCAUUCGUGCAUAGCGUUCAGUUUCAAAGGCAGGCGAUGAAGUUAUUGGCGUUCGU